AUGUGGUACCACUCCUCAAAUAUAACUGCUACUGGCUCAUCGCUGGGGCUUCCCUUGUAUCGUUACCCUUCAUCUCUUCAUUCUCUUCUUGUGGAAUUAUUUCUUUCAAUAUUUAAUUUGAAUCGAAAUGAUCAUCAUGUCCACGCUACUCAUCAUCAUUGGUUACCAGUGGUACCAAAUUCAUAUCCCAUCCCUUCCGUAUUCUCAUCAUCAAAUUCAAUUUCCUCCUCGUCCUUGUCAUCUGUGAAUUAUGAUUUUCCCUUCUCUUUCAAUGAAUUUCUCCAAAACAUUUCCUCCAAUAUUUCCAAUUCAACCAUAAAUGCAACUCGAUGUCAUUCGUCAUUAUUAAACACAUCAUGGAGUCGAGAAGCAAAUGGACGUGUUGAUUAUGGACUCUGUCCAGAUACUUUUAUUAGUUUUGCAUUAUGUUUAGUUUUUCUUUUGGCAUAUGUCACAACCAUUGUCAUGUCUGGAGUAGGAGUGAUUUGGAAACGAAAAAGUGGACAUGUUUCAGCCAGAAAUCCCAUUUACAUGUUUUUCACACUCAUCGCUGGAUUUGUUUUUAUUGCAGGAAUGCUUUUAAGAAUUAUUAUUGGAAGAAAAAUUUAUCCGUGUGGAUUAUUGACCAUUUGUUUUUUCACAUUUCCACCUGCUGUGUCAUUGCCAACCAUUUUUCGAUUAAUGAGAGGAUUUUUCAUGUACAAGAUUAAUUUAUUGAAGACAAAAUUAUUUGAAAGUCCCAAUACGAAUGGAAAUGCAACUGCUUCGAGAAGAAUGUCUGCUUCAAGAGAAGAAUUUAACAAACAAUUUGAAUUGGCUCAACAACAAUCUGGAUUUAACAACUCCAGUGUCCAUCAUAAUUCAACGAUACCUUCAGCCAUGUUUGGAAAUGAAGAUUCCACACAACGAGUGGCCACUGCGUUGGGCGGUACAACACAUUCAUCCAUGGGUCAUGAACAUGAUGAAAUUUCCAAUGUGGUUGAUAUUACCUUACCCACAGAUAUCAUGAUGUUCACUUCCAAUGUGAAUGACAAAGCUCCAACUUCUGAAGGAGCUUCCUCCUCAGAUCAUCACGAACCAACGUUGACAGAUUCAUCCACUCGUUCAGACAACUCAACAAAAGAAGGUAAAAAGAGACACUCUGUAGCUCAUCGUUCAGUAGCUUCCUCCUCAUCCUCUUCUCAUCCCAUAUUAAAUCCUCAUCUUUCGUUGAAUAGUAGUAAUACUACGGGUGGAAAUGGAGCCAUGGUUGGAUUUAUUUUAAAUCCUACAACGACCACAACAACCAGUUCGUCCAUGAUGAUGAUGGGAAUUAUGAACAAUGGAGAUUAUGAUGAAUAUGACACGGAAAUGAUUAUGGAAGAUUCUGAAUCUGCUGUCGAUGUCUCGACUUGGAAUAUGAGUGACUACAAAGACAUGUCCGAAAUGAGAAGCGAAUUAAGAAAGUUGAAAAUUUUCAAUUUUUUAGUGAGCUACAAGUUUAUUUGUGUGGUAUAUGCAUUGGCAUUCUUAUUUGGGAUUGUAUUGUGGUUAGUGGCAGGAGGAAUUGAGGAAGCUCUCUACAAUUCGAGUACAGAUCCAAAUAAGAAACGAAUUUUCUUAUUGGAUGGAGGAAUUUUAGUAUUCGAUCGAGGAUGUGGAAUGUCCACGAAUACCAUUCUCAUUAUUGGACUCGAAAGUAUUGCCUAUAUUAUUGUGGAAGCUGUCUUUUUGGUCAUUACUUUCUUUGUCGAUCGUGACACUUGGGGAAUUAAGAAAGAGACGAUUGCCUUAAUUGCCAUUCAAGUGACAAGUGCUGUAUUGUUCAUUAUUUUGGGAACUUUGGAUGUCAUUCAGACCUUGAUUGAUUACUACGUUCCGUACGGAUUUGUAUUGUGGGGAUACAUGUUUCUUGAAAUUAUUGUCGCUGUGACUUUACCUGUCUUGUAUGCUAUUCGACGAGAUUACAAAGAAUCCAGACGUUUACUCGAUUCUAAAGAAAGUGGUUUGGAAAAGGUUCUCAAAAACAAAAAAACAUUUGCAGUCAUGUUAGAUUUUGCGAGAAGAUCCUUCGCACCAGAAUCUGUUCAAUGUUGGCGUGACAUUCAACGAUUCAAGAAAACGAAACGUUCGAAUCGAAAGAAAGCAGCCAUGCACAUUUUAAAUGCAUAUUUAACAUUGGGAGCUCCAUUAGAAUUGAACAUGUCACGAAUUGAGGAAAAACGAAAAGAGUUACUUUGCAUCAUUGAAAAGGAAGAAAAGAUCUCUCCAAAUUUAUUUGUCAUGAUUCAGGAUCAUUGUUUGAAUGAUAUGGCAGAUUUGUUUGAACGUUUACGAAAUUCGAAUAAGGAAAUUGCAGAAAUUGUGAAAAAACACUCCCUGUCUCGAACACAAGUGAACCCACAGCAAUAG